UUGUUUAUAGAAAGAUGUUCAUCGGUGGCUUGAACUGGGAAACAACCGAACGUGAGUCGCUCCAGAAUCUCGGUCCCAUGCAUAGUUGGCUUUGACUCCGUUACAUGACGCCAUGGUGCCCUGUGCGCGGGAUUAUAAUGCUGAUGCCACUUUAGAAUCGAUGAAAGACUAUUUCUCUCAGUUUGGAGAGGUCAUAGAGUGUACCGUUAUGCGUGAUAGCGCGUCGGGACGAUCACGUGGCUUUGGCUUUCUCACGUUCAAAGAUCCAAAAUGUGUCAACACCGUAAUGGUCAAGGAGCAUUACCUGGAUGGAAAAAUCAUUGAUCCUAAACGAGCUAUUCCCCGAGAAGAGCAAGAACGCACCAGUAAGAUAUUUGUUGGUGGUGUCAGCCAAGAAUGCACCGAGCACGAUUUCAAGUCCUUCUUUAUGCAGUUUGGACGUGUCGUAGACGCGACAUUGAUGAUGGACAAGGACACGGGUCGACCACGUGGUUUCGGUUUCGUUACAUUCGAUGGUGAUGCUGCUGUUGACGCCACUUUGUCCCGGCCCUUGGAGAUCCAUGGCAAGAUGAUUGAAGUGAAGAGGGCACAACCCCGAGGAAAUUUGCAGCAAGAGGACAACUCGAAAGGGUUUGGAAGGGGCAAGUUCGACGGCAAAUUUGGCCGAGGAAAUGACAACAACUAUGGUGGUCAGGACAAUCAACAAAACCAGGGUGAUCAAGGAGGCCAGAACGGCGGGCAGAACGGCAUGACUCCUGCUAUGAUGGCGUCGUACUGGCAAAGGAUGCAACAAUAUUUCCAGAUGAUGCAGCAACAGAUGGCCAUGGGCCAGGGCAUGAAUAAUAUGGGGGGUCCUAUGGGCCAGAUGAAUCCUCAAAUGAUGCAGCAAAUGAUGAUGCAAGCUCAGAACCAAGGUCAAGGCUCUCCCAACCCACAGUCUCCAGGCGGCCAGAUGGGCCAAAUGAAUCCCGCCAUGAUGCAGCAGAUGCAACAAAUGCAACAAAUGCAGAUGCAACAGCAACAACAGCAAGGGACACCUGGGCCUGGAGGAAACUUUUCUCCAUCCCCUGGCCCUCAAGGUCCCGGUGGCGCCCGGCCCGGCUACAAUGCCAUGGAACAGCUUGCCUUCGAGCACCAGAAGUACGAGCAACAGCAAGCGCGUCGCAUGCAGGGCGGUUCUUUUGGCAAUGGCGGCGGAUAUGGACAGAACGGACCCACGAGCUGGGAAGGCAUGUACGACGACGUUCCGCAACCUAACAUUCCUAAUGCUCCGUCCGGACCUGGGGGCGGCCGAGGCGGUUUCAGGGGUGGUCGUGGUGGCACCGCCAGCCGAGGCGGAGGCGGAGGUGCAGAUUCAUCAUCAUCGACACCGAGCGCUGCCCCUGCUGGUGCGCCGACGGGCCCAAAGAAUGCUGGUAGACCUGGUGCAAACUACCGAGGCGGUGGACGAGGAGGGCACCGGGGGUAUCAUCCGUAUGCUCGAUAGAGCACAGGUUUGGAAGACCGUAUGUUAAUGCCAGCCGUUGUGCAAUGGAGCAGACUAUCGAAAAGAUCUGAGCAAGCUAUACUCGGCGGCAUCUCUUCAACCAGAGACCAGAUACGGGCGAUUUGCAUCAUGGAGU